GUUUGUUUUAGUUUAGGGAUAAGAGGAGAAGAUGAGAUGAGGAAAUACUGUUUCUUAGAUUUCAGAUAACCAUUGCUUUUACAUUUUGUUCUCACUUAUUCCUUUGCAGACUUCAGUACCUUCACUCUCUUCUGUCCAGCCUCAUAUCAACACAUUGGACUAGGCUCUACACACACAUAGCAACCCUGCGUAGAAGCAUGGCAAGACUGGCGGCACUCCAACAGCACCUACUAUCUUUCUCUCCCUUGACCCCCUCUCUUUCUGACUUAAGUGGAACCAGACUUCAUGCUCAACAUCAGUUGAAGAGAAAAUUAUGGCAGCCAAAAGGGACUCUCUGUGUCUCCGCAUCAAGCACCAAGAAUAUCUUAAACAUGGGAGGCACCAGGUUUAUUGGAGUGUUUUUGUCUAGGCUCCUCGUCAAAGAGGGUCACCGAGUGACUUUAUUUACAAGAGGUAAAGCGCCUGUCACUCAACAAUUGCCAUGUGAAUCAGACGGUGAUUAUGCUGAUUUUUCUUCCAAGGCUAAAGCUUUUGCAGUUUCAAGAAGGAAAGCAGCAUCUUUGAUCUUAUCAACCUACAUUAUCUCAAAGGUCGGUGUAGCACUGGCUCAGCAGUCUCCUGUGUUCCGUGAAUACAUAGAUGCAUUUGAUGGUUAUUCAUUCCAGUACCCAGGGAGUUGGAUUCAAGUCCGUGGUGCUGGGGCUGACAUAUUCUUCAGGGACCCUUUUGUUCUCGAUGAAAAUCUCUCUCUUGAAAUUUCUUCACCUUCAUCCUCCCAAUACAAGAGUGUUGAAGAUUUGGGUCCACCCCAAGAAGCUGGAAAGAAAGUGCUCAAACAAUAUCUAACUGAGUUUAUGUCAACGAGACUCGGUGUUAGACGUGAAUCAAAUAUUCUUUCAACUUCUUCAAGAGUAGCUGAUGAUGGCAAGUUGUACUAUGAAGUUGAGGUAAACAUAAAGUCAUAUGCAAACAACAAUGAACUUGCUGUUAUGCCACAAGACCGGGUGGCUCGUCUGGAAUGGGACCGGAGGUACCUAUCUGUUCUUGGAGUUGAAAACAACCAACUGUAUGAGUUGAGAUUGCAGGUGCCGGAAAAUGUGUUUGCAGAGGAGGAAAGUGAUCUUCGUAGAGUCAUGGAUUCGUUUCGAGUGAGCAAGAUUGCUGCUUAGAACUAGAAUGUUGGAUGCAUGAAUAUGCUCUUUGUUCUUGAAACAUAAUCUUAUUUUUUUAUUUCUUCUCAAUUCUAAAAAUCAUUUUUCUCUAACUCUUCUUUGCCAUAAUCUGGGCUCUGUUGAUUUUUUUGUUACAGUCUUAUAUUCAUUUUCAUAUAUAUAUAUAUAUAUAUAUUUA